UACUAGCAACAAAUAUGUCGCUGUGUUAGUGUUAUAUGUAUGUCGACUUUUACAGGUUAUUUUAAUCAUAAUAGAUUCUUCCAUGCAAGGAAUGUGGAAUUAUAAGAUACAUGUUGCUUUAUACAUAAUUUAAUGUAAAUAUUACAUAUUUAGCUGGUAUUUUGACCAGAAAACAGGAUGUUGAACCAAGCUGCUGUGGAAGCUCUGUAUUCAGCUACAUAUGUAGAGAAUUAUCUUGAUUGCGUUGAAAAUCUCCCUGAUGAUUUACAGAGGCACCUCUCUCGAAUGAGAGAGUUAGAUGUCACAUACCAAGCGUUUUUAAAGGAGGUAGAGCAACAGCAGGAGUCAUCUCGACGUGACUCAGACUUGGCCACAAAGCGACGCAUUUUGCUCCGUAUCCAGCAGUCUCUGAUAGCUGCACAGGAAGUGGGAGAUGAAAAGCUUCAAAUAGUACAGACAAUUCAGGAUCUGAUUGAGAACAAAGCCCGGCAGCUUGAGCUUGACUACAGGAACUUAGACUUCACCAAGGACCAGGAGAAUACAGAGCCAAACCGGGAGAAUCACCACCAUCACCACCAUGGCUUGGGGAACUCUAGUGGUGGUGGCGGAAGUGGGUCUGGAGGCGGCGAGCGGCAGUCUAAACGUGCCCGCCGCACACGGACUGAACAGCUGACAACAGGCACAGAUGCUGGCAACACUGCAGAGCUGCUGUCUCAACCGGAUGCUACAGGCAACAGAGGGGUCAGCGGUUCGGGAGCCACAUCAGGGGGCACCGGCAUAGGAGGCAGCGGCAGUAGCGAGCGUAAGAAGGGUGGCAACACAGGUAAGAAAAAGAAGCGCAAGGCUCGGCAGUCACAGCAGCAACACGUGCAACAGCAGCAGCAGCAGCGGGAUGAGUCACCACCCCAUGAGGAUGAACUUGCUAUCGACCCUGAUGAACCCACAUACUGCCUCUGCGACCAGAUAUCGUAUGGCGAAAUGAUACUGUGUGACAACGAUCUCUGCCCCAUAGAAUGGUUCCACUUCUCAUGUGUAGCUCUCGCCACUAAACCAAAGGGCAAGUGGUACUGUCCUAAGUGUCGAGGUGACCGUCCCAACGUCAUGAAGCCCAAGGCACAGUUUCUUAAAGAACUUGAGAGGUACAACAAGGAGAAGGAAGAGAAGUCAUAAGCAGGCAUCUCUGUCUGAUGUAUCAUAUGUCUUGCGUCUCUUUUAUCUAUCUUCGUUCAUAUUUAGCACAGCUAUCUUAGAAAUCAGAUUUUAAUAAUUUAUGUAUGAAUACCCCACAUUGGGGUUCCUGACGUUUAAGUGUAUGUUUUAAACAUAUCUAAGACAGUAACAUUGGCAUUAUAGAUAUAUAAUUUUCUUGCAGUGCAACCUGACUCAGUGUGGAAUGUUGAUCCUUCCUCUGAGUGCCUGUUGAUGAAUUUUAAUAAAGUUCCUUUAUCUUUCCA